AUGCAUUCGGAUCUGGCUGCCGAACAGCAUGCGAGCGCUUUCCUGCAGGAGAGCCUGCAUUUUGCAAGCAAUGCUGACCAUCGACGACCGCAUGUGACACUGACAUUCGCUCAGUCUCAGGAUGGCAAGAUCGCAGGCGCUGGCAAAACUCAGCUUGCUUUGAGUGGGUCUGAAAGCAUGCUCAUGACCCAUAAACUCAGAACUCUGCACGAUGGAAUCCUGGUGGGAAUUGGUACAGUCCUCAACGAUAACCCUCAACUCAAUGCACGCUUGCUCUCGCAACCGCCUCCAGUGUCGCAGUUGCCACGACCAAUCGUUCUGGACUCGAGCUUACGAAUGCCUGCUGACAGCAAACUCGUCCGCAACUACAAUGCCGGUGUGGGUCGACAACCUCUCGUCUUGGCCUCGAAUGCCGCUAGUGCGGGACGAAGAAAGGUGCUCGAAGAUGCCGGUGUCGAGAUCAUUCAAGUCAGUCAGGAGGAGUCAAAUGUUCUGCCUGAUUGGAAGACGCUCUUGAAGUACAUCCACGAGGCAGGCAUACAUCGACUUAUGGUGGAAGGAGGUGCUGCCGUGAUUGACAGUUUGAUGAGGCAGCCACAACUCAUUGAUGCUCUUCUUGUCACAAUAGCACCGGUUACAGUCGGUCCCCACGGUUUCGGCUUCAACUCGCAACUGCCAGACGAAUUCAGACUCAGGUCUGCGAACCAAUGGUGCGAACCCAGCCGGACUAAGUUUGGCAAGGACGACGUGGUGCUAUGGCACAAGCGUUGA